AUGAGUGGCGACUCGCAAGUACUGCCUAUUAGACAGGCAACUACUUUUAGCGAAGAUGCAGUGCCUGAUAUCGACCCUACCACCACCGCCGGUUUACUCGCCGAAAGGCUUCAAGCCUGGAAACAUGCUGUGGGAUAUCUAGAGGAUUAUGUCGGCGCGGUGGAAAAGGUUCAUAAGGUGCACUCUAAGGAAUACGAGAAGGUCCUUAAGACGAUCUCUCAUCCGUUAAAAGAAGGGGCCCAUUUCGACCAGGGCCUCGGCGGCGUCGCGGGAUUUUUCGAGAACAUGCGCGUUAAUACCCAAGCCAUGGUCAACUCGAACGCUGAAACCGAGAAAACCCUCAAGGGGUCUGUCUUGCCCAUACUCGAGCGGCUACACAAGGAAAUCAAGGCGAAACAUAAGGAAGUUUCCCAUGGAGGCGAGAAGGCAGCCAAGGAAAUUGAGAAAGCUAGGAACACUACUCAAAAGCACAUUGAGCUCCUCGGCCAGCAUGCCGCAUCUUACGAGUCAGCCGGUGGUAAAAUGACCCCCACUGAGGACCCGUAUGUCCUCCAGCGCGGAGUCAUCCACAGGCUGAACAAACAGAUUAUCGAGGAAAACAACCAUAGGAACGAUCUUAUCAACAUUCAGGACGGUUUCAAGGAAUUUGAAGCCCACGUGAUACAAAUCAUCCAGCAGGCAAUGGAUGCCCUCAACCAGGUCGCCGGUGGCCAAGCUGAAAAGACUAGGGCACUUUACACCGAUAUGCUAGGCACGGCGCAGUGUAUCCCAGCUGACUUUGAGUGGACUGGUUUCCUAACACGUGACGGUCAUCGCCUAGUCGAUCCAAAGGAGGCGCCGCGGAGCGUCGACGUGGUUACCUUCCCCAACCAAAACCAUACCUCGACCAAGCCACUCAUCGAAGGCAGUCUGGAGCGCAAGUCGCGGAACAAGCUAUCCUGGGGCACCCAAGCAGGGUAUUACGUCGUGACCCCAUCCAAGUACUUGCACGAGUUCAAGGACGAUGACAACUUACGGCAUGACCCGAAGCCGGAACUCUCUAUUUACCUCCCCGACGCUGUUAUCGGUGCGCCCAGUGGUGAGAAGUUCCAUAUCAAAGGAAAGGACAAGAGCAGCAGUUUCAGCAGCAAACUGGCUGGGGCGUCCGAGCUCCAUUUCAUAGCUCAUUCUGCAAGUGAGGCUCAGAAGUGGUAUGACGCUAUCCGUGCUGCUGCGGGCGCGACGGGCCCAGCUUAUGAAAGUCAGCCGUCUUCACGUAAUGUUUCCGGGGUUGCGUCUGUAAGCGAUAGCAAGACACAGAAAAUCGACCCUAUCGCAGCUCAAGAGGCAGGUAUUACGGGCGGAGAUACUGUCAGCAGCCCUACAGCCAUCACACCUGCGGUCACUCGACAGAACACACUUAAGGAUAGCAAGGAUACCAGCAAGGACAGCAAGGACAGCAAGGACAGCAAGGACAGCAAGGACAGCGCCCCUGCGGACGAGAAGAAGGCAACUACUUCUUAG